AUGGACGCAGAGAAGAUGGAUGAGAAUGAAUGGAAAUACCACGGGGAAGGGAACAAGAGCCUCGUCGUCUCCCACAGCCAGCGUUGUGUGGUGCUGCGUUUUCUGAAGUUUUCCCCAAACCGCAAUAAGGCACCAGAGGAAAUCUUACGCCACCUGCAAAACAUAGUAGACUUCGGAAAACACGUCAUGAAACAGUUUUUUGGGGAGAAAUAUGUUCAUUAUGGGGAAGUUGUUCAGCUACCUUUGGACUUUGUAAAACAGCUUUGUUUAAAGAUCCAGUCUGAGAGGCCAGAGUCUCGCUGUGAUAAAGACUUGGACACUCUUAGUGGCUAUGCUAUGUGCCUUCCUAACCUCACCAGGCUGCAGACCUAUCAUUUUGUGGAACACCGGCCAAUCCUUUGUGUGGAGAUCAAGCCGAAAUGUGGGUUCAUUCCUUUCUCUAGCCAUGUUUCGCAGGAGAUAAAGCACAAGGUGUGUCGUUAUUGCAUGCAUCAGCACCUAAAGGUAGCAAAUGGAAAAUGGAAGCGAUUGAGCAAAUACUGUCCCCUAGAUCUCUUCUCAGGAAAUAAACAGAGAAUGCACUUUGCCUUGAAAAGCUUAUUACAGGAGGCACAGAACAAUUUAAAAAUAUUUAAGAAUGGUGAACUAAUUUAUGGCUGUAAGGAUGAUCAGGACUCUCUCUCUGACUGGAAUGAACUUGCUCGUCACUUAAAACCAUUCUUCUUUCCUGCAAAUGGGAUGGUCAAUGGACCACAUUGUACAAGGACGAUUAUUAAAGAAUUAAUCCAUGUAAUAACAAUGACUCUACUUAGUAGUACUGAUGCCUGCAGGGCAGGUAACAUGAAGACGGUUCCCAUUUCACGAGGAAGGAGCUACUGUGAAGCAAGUGCUUUCAGUAAGGAGCUGGUAAGAAAUGGUAAAAAUAAAAUGGAGAGCUCUGGCUUACCAAGGGGCUGUCUCCUUUAUAAAACCCUUCAGGCUCAGAUGCUGGACAUGCUGGAUAUUGAGGGACUUUAUCCUUUGUACAAUAGAGUUGAACAAUACUUAGAAGAGUUUCCUGAGGAGAGAAGUACAUCACAGAUAGAUGGACCUUACAAUGAAGCAUUUUAUGAGAAACUUCUAGAUCUUUCAACUGAAGAUGAUGGAACAGAAGCAUUUGCAUUUACAAAGGUUCAGCAGUACAGAGUAGCAAUGACAGCUAAGGACUGCUCCAUCAUGAUUUCCCUUUCACCUUGUCUACAGGAUGAAUGCUCUGCUCAAAGGCCUGUCGUUCUGGCAUCCAAAUCCAGAUUCACCUUUUCAGUUUCUGUCCUGGACCUAGAUCUUAAGCCAUAUGAAAGCAUUCCACAUCAGUACAAACUUGAUGGCAAGAUAGUAAACUAUUAUUUGAAGAAUGUACAGGCCAAAGAUGAUCCAAUGAUGUCAAAUCUGUUCAAGGAGAAUGAAGACUGCACACUAGUUCUCCAUAAAGUGUAA